AUGACCUCUAAUUGGCAAUAAAGCAAUGUAAAUUUAUUUAAUACAAAAAUAGGUACCAAUAAGAUUAAACUUUAAUGAUGAUGAUGAUCCUUUUGAAGAAGAAAUAGGUAUUUUGGGUUUUCAAAUUUAUAGAUAGAUUGAGAUAGUAAAAAGAAAUGUAACAAAAAUUAAAAUAACAACAAGCAGCUAUUCUUGACCAUAAUAAAAAGGUAUCUCAACAUUCAAUUUAGGCUGAAUAAUUAAGAUCAUAAAUUGUUAAAGAUAUACUUCCUAAACAUAAAGGGUUAUAAUUAGCCUACGAUUAUGAUGGAACCUUUAUGCUAGCUAAAGACCUUACUUAAGUAAGAAACAAUUAAAGAGCACCUGAAAUUCAGUAUUAAUUUAACUAUUUUACUAAGCAAAAUAACUUAGGUUGACACAGUAUUUUAGCCACAGAAACCAAUUUAAUAAGCAGUUAUAGAAAAUGAAAAAGUUAAAAAAGAAUAGCUUCGUAUUUCAAAGGCUAAAACAAAUCCUCCUUAAAUUUUUGAAACUUCAAUUUAGAAACCAUUUGAAGGUUUCACUCCUAAUCAAGGAGUUAAAUUGAUUUAUUAGGAUUAAAAUUAAGAAAUUGUUAAACAAAAAGACAUAUCGAAUUGGGGUGAUGGGUAGAGAAUGACAAAAAAAUAAUUUGAAGCUCUUAAAAAUGAAGGUUUUAAACCAACAACUUAUACUAUGAAAUAGCAAAUGCUUCAAAAGAUCAAUUCUGACAUUAUGGAACUAUAAGAACCUAAAAAUACUCCAAUUAUUGGGGAAACUUACAAUUAAAUUAAUGACUUAAAAAUCUCAUAAUCUUAUACGAAUUUAAAGUAACUUCCAAGAUAAUAAACAAUAUCAAUAAUACCCUAAACAGCAUAAAAUAGAAAGUAAAAUAGUAAAAUUAAUGUUGUUGAUAAAAAUUUACUUGAUUAAUUACUUUCAUGA